AGAUGGCUGUCUGCACUCGCACAGUCUACUCGACAAAUUCGACAAACAACGUGGCGAAAGUUGUUGGCAUGGAUAUAAUCGGAUAUGUUUGUCAAGUACAAGAUCCGCUCGAAAAACCUAUUCUUCCUAUUUGUCGGACUGAUUUUCGGCUUAUACUUAGGGAAAGAAUUUCGACAGGUUUGUCAAAAAAUACUUUUGGAGGAAAGAAUUAUUAAUAGACUUGACAAUUCUAAUAAAUUACCUAAAACAUUAUUCGUGGGAGUUAUGACUGCUAAGAAAUACCUAAAAACUAGGGCAGUAGCUGCACAAAAAACGUGGAUUAAAACUAUUCCAGGAAAAGUCCUUUUUUUUUCUAGUCAAUCUUCCGUGUCAACUCCAGAAGUUCCAGUAGUAGGGUUGGAAGGAGUUGAUGAUUCUUAUCCCCCUCAAAGGAAAUCCCUUCUCAUGCUCAAAUACAUGCAUGACCACUUCCUUAACGACUAUGAAUGGUUCAUGCGGGCGGAUGACGAUAUUUACAUACGGGGAGACAAAUUAGGAAUUUUUCUUAAUUCGAUUAAUAGUUCUAGGCCACAAUAUAUAGGCCAAGCAGGUCAGGGUAAAAAAGAGGAGGUUGGAUUAUUAUAUUUGAACGAGGAUGAAAACUUUUGUAUGGGUGGACCAGGUAUGGUUUUCUCAAGAGCAACUCUCAGGGCAAUAGCUCCUUAUCUAGAAAAAUGCCUAGAUAACUUAAUCACCACUCACGAAGACGUCGAAGUUGGGCGGUGUGUGAGACAGUUUGCCAAAAUCCCCUGCACUUGGUCAUUUGAGAUGCAACGUCUCUUUCUACAUAACCAUGACGAACCUCAAGGAUCGUUCACUUCAACUCUAGCAGGAUCUCUAGUACAUUCAAUUACCCUGCAUCCUGUAAAAUCCCCUCCUUUUUUAUACAGACUUCAUUCGUUUUUCCUUGCUUCUCAUUCCAACGAACUUCGUCAUCGUGUUCUCAUGAAAAGGCGUCUUUUAAGUAAUUAUGGGGAGCCAUCUUUAACGAAAUUUCGAAAACGAGAUGUGCAAGAAUCCUUGUCCUGGAAUUUUAUUCAAAGACACUCAUAUACCAGAAAUAAUAAUAACCCCAACAUUGGCAUUUAUGACUCAUAUAAGGAAUAUUUAGUAAAAACAAUAGGAAAUUUUUUGGAUUACCUUAAUCUUAAGUCAAGACAAAGGGGUAAGAGGGUAGAGUUUAAACAAAUUAUUUAUGGUUACACAAGUAUUAAUCCAAAAGAAGGCGCUAACCUCAUUUUAGAUCUGUUAAUAAUGUACAAGAAGCAAAAGAAUCGAAGAAAUAUUCCUGCCAGAAAACAUACAUAUUUACGAACGCCUUUUUCUGAUGUUCAAUGUAGAGUGCUUGACAAAAAUAAUGCUACAAUAAAUAUAAUUGUUCCAUUGCUUGAUAGACAUGAUAAAUUAAAAAUUUUUUUGGAAAAGAUGAAUGAAGAAUGCUUCAAAUUUAAGGAACCAAAAGUUCGCCUACUCUUUGUAUUAUAUGCUGGAGUCAGCUUAAACAAUAAUAAAAGGCUAAUAACAGAAUAUCAAUCCAAAUUAACUGGACAUGAGAUACUAUUUGAACAGAAAGUGGCAGAGUUCUCAAGGGGAUCUGCUUUGCAAUAUGGUGCUAGUUUAUUUAAAAAUUCUUCUCUCUUGCUCUUCCUUGAUAUAGAUAUUUUGAUAUCGAGAUCAACUUUACAAAGAGUCAUUCAAGGAACUGUUCAAGGCAAACAAGUGUAUUACCCAAUAGUCUUCAGUGAGUUUCUGUUUAAGAAAAAUGAUGAGUUGAACGACUCCAAUGGACUGUGGCGUCAAUUCGGUUUUGGUAUAGCUUCAAUGUAUAAAAGUGAUUUUCUAGCAGUUAAAGGUUUUGAUACGAGAAUAGUUGGAUGGGGAAAGGAGGAUGUAGACUUGUAUGAAAAAUUCGUUAGAACAAACUUAUCUGUUCUUAGAGCUGUUGAUCCUGGUAUGAUUCAUAUGUAUCACGAUAAACAUUGUGAUAGGAGCAUGUGGAAUUUCGAUAUGUGCAUGAGUACGAAAUAUUCCAUGUUUGCUUCCAUUACUGGUCUAGCAGAAAUGGUGCUAAAUAAUACUAUACUUCGUCGGACAAAACAUAAUGAUAACUUUGAUGUUGAUAUGAGAUAUUUUCAAGGUGCUCGGUGACGACAAGAAAAUGAAGUGCUGUUACUUGUUAUGGUUCCAAUUUUAAUAAAUGUUAUAUUCUCUGUGAAAUACAUAAAAUAUCCUUUUAAGAUGUAAUUUGUUUAUGUAAAUUUUAUAAUUUCAUCGUAUGUCAUAUGGGAAUGUUGAUUGACAAUAUUGAUUCAGAGUAAAAUUUUCAAAUUUGUUUUAUAUAGUUUAUGAUUAUACUCCCAAUUCAUUAAAAAAUUUAAAACAUGGUCAACAGUUUGAGAAUAUAAAAGAAAAUGGCACUCAAAAAAAGACUCAGCUAAGCAUAAUAGAAUAAAUAUUCUCAGGAGAGUAAUCAGUUGAAUUUAGAAAAUUUUCUAAUAGGAAAUGUAGAAUACCGUUACUGUUAUAAUUUUCUCUUACAGUUAAAGAAAUUGACACUUGCUAUUUGUGCUAUAUGAGAUUUUGAUAUGAAACUUUUUGUUUAAUAGUUUUACAAACUUUUUCUGAGUAGUUUGUGAGAGGUGGAAUAAUUUUUAUCAUGUUAAUCAAAUAAAUACAGACAAAGCACUG